GCCGUGGUGGCCCGGCCCGGUAUCCGGGUAAGAUGGCCGCAGUCGGAGAGUGCUCGCUCCCCGCUCCGUGGCGGCCGGUCUCCCUCACUCACGUCGAGUAUCCCGCAGGUGAUUUCUCUGGUCAGCUUUUAGCUUAUUUGAGUCUUGGUCCAAUAUUCAUUAUUGUUGGCUUUGUAACACUCAUCAUAUUCAAGAGAGAGCUUCACACGAUCUCUUUCUUGGGAGGGCUGGCAUUCAACGAGGGAGUGAACUGGUUAAUAAAAAAUGUAAUCCGGGAGCCUCGGCCCUGCGAAGAAGCCCAUUCAACAGUGACCACAAAAUAUGGGAUGCCGUCCAGCCACUCCCAAUUCAUGUGGUUUUUCUCUGUCUAUUCCUUUCUGUUCCUUUAUUUAAGAAUGCACCAAACAAACAAUGCGAGGUUUCUGGAUUUACUAUGGCGACAUGUGCUGUCCAUCUGCCUCGUCACAGUGGCUUUGCUAGUCUCAUAUAGUAGGGUUUAUUUGCUUUACCACACCUGGAGCCAAGUCUUAUAUGGAGGUGUGGCAGGAAGCAUCAUGGCCAUAGCCUGGUUUGCCUUCACACAGGAGAUAUUAACUCCUCUCUUCCCAAGGAUAGCUGCAUGGCCAAUUUCAGAGUUCUUUUUAAUCCGAGACACCAGCCUCAUUCCUAACAUCCUGUGGUUUGAAUACACAGUCACGAGAGCAGAGGCAAGAAACAGACAGCGCAAGCUGGGUACGAAGCUCCAGUGACUCGGGAAGCGUGGGGACCAGAGUGCACGUUUUAAUGGAGACAGACAAGAGCAGGGACCUGGGAGCAGCAAGGAGCCUUUUAACAGACGGACCAAAGGAACAGGCAGGGAUCAUACCCAAAACCUGAAAGCCUUUGCUCUGCUUUAGCAGCUAGCUGGAUGCUCCCUGAUGCAUGUGGGACCGUGCAGGAGUAGAAACUCAUUU